AUGAAGAGUCUCGUUUCCGCCGUUAUUUCUACCGUUGUUGCUAUCGUAGCAAUUGCCUAUUACGUGCCAUGGAACACGUAUUCCGAACGGAAGCCAGCGGGAGCUGGCGUUGAAGAGAUGAAAGGCCAGAUUGAAACCAUGUUCUUGGCAUCGUGGAGGGAUUACUCCAAGUAUGGAUGGGGGUAUGAUGUAUAUGACACCAUUAACCACAAUUUCCACAACAUGCCUCGUGACAAUCGGCCGCUGGGUUGGAUUAUCGUAGACUCCGUGGACACGUUGAUGUUGAUGUACAAUUCCUCCGUACUAUACAAAAGUGAAUUUGAGGCUGAAAUUCUGAAAUCAGAGGAAUGGAUAGGCAAUGUCCUUGAUUUUGAUAUUGAUGCGGAAGUAAAUCUUUUUGAGACUACUAUUAGAAUGCUCGGUGGCUUAUUGUCCGCAUACCAUCUUUCUGAUCUACUUGAAGUGGGUAACAAGACUGUCUACUUGAAUAAAGCCAUAGACUUGGGGGAUAGACUUGCUUUAGCAUUUUUAUCCACUCAGAGCGGGAUUCCGUACUCAAGUAUAAAUCUUCGUAGUGGCAGAGCCAUUAAAAAUCACGUCGAUGGGGGUGCCUCUUCCACGGCAGAAUUCACUACAUUGCAAAUGGAGUUUAAAUACUUGGCAUACUUGACGGAAAACCGUACUUAUUGGGAUCUGGUGGAACGUGUUUACGAACCGUUAUACAAAAACAAUGAUCUUCUGAAUGCGUAUGAUGGGCUAGUUCCAAUUUAUACUUUCCCGGAAACUGGUAAAUUUAGUGGUUCAAAUGUCAGGUUUGGAUCUAGGGGUGAUUCUUUCUAUGAAUAUUUACUGAAACAGUAUUUAUUGACGCACGAAACGCUUUAUUACGAUUUAUAUAGAAAAUCCAUGCAAGGUAUGAAAAAACAUUUGUUAGCGCAUUCCAAACCCUCCUCCCUUUGGUACAUUGGCGAAAGAGAGGAAGGCCUACAGGGUAAAUUUUCUUCAAAGAUGGACCAUCUUGUUUGCUUCAUGGGUGGCUUACUAGCAUCCGGGGCCACUGAGGGCCUUUCUGUCAAUGAAGCUCGUGAAAGGCCAUUCUUUUCUCUUUUCCCUGACAGACAAAAUGAUUGGCUUUUGGCUAAAGAGUUAACACAUACAUGCUAUCAAAUGUAUAACCAAACACCUUCAGGACUUGCUCCGGAAAUCGUUGUUUUCAACGAGGGAAACACAGAACAAAAUGGCUGGUGGCAGUCGUCAUCGGGUGACUUUUUUGUAAAGCCGCUCGAUAGACAUAACUUACAAAGACCAGAAACAGUGGAAUCGAUCAUGUUCAUGUAUCAUCUAUCUCAUGACAACAAAUACCGUCAGUGGGGGGCUGACAUUGCAUCUAGCUUCCUUGAGAACAGUUGUAUCGAUUGCGAUGAUUUAAAUUUGAGACGAUUCACCAGUUUGAGUGACUGCAUUGUAUUGCCUACUAAGAAAUCUAACAACAUGGAAAGUUUUUGGUUGGCGGAGACUUUAAAGUAUUUAUACAUAUUGUUUUUAGAUGACUUUGAUUUGACUAAAGUUGUCUUUAAUACAGAAGCCCAUCCAUUUCCAGUGCUGGACGAGAAAAUAUUGAAAUCUCUGUCUUUGACCACCGGUUGGUCAUUAUAG